GAUUUUUUUCCCCUUCCCCCCCUCCCCGUUUCCCCCUCCCGGCUCCGUCUCUCGACAUUGCAAUUUUUUUUGCUUGCGUUUUGGAAGGAGAAGCCGCCAGCUACCUAGCGGCAGGAGCCGCCGCCAGCCCUGCUCGCUUGCCUGGGAGUCCAGUGUUGUUUUGAAGGGAGCUCAGCUAACAUGGCGACGGUGCCCGUCUAUUGCAUCUGCAGGCUGCCCUACGACGUAACCCGCUUCAUGAUCGAGUGCGAUGCCUGCAAGGACUGGUUCCACGGCAGUUGUGUUGGCGUAGAAGAAGAGGAGGCACCAGAUAUUGACAUCUAUCAUUGUCCGAAUUGUGAGAAAACCCAUGGAAAGUCUACUUUGAAAAAGAAAAGAAAUUGGCAUAAACAUGAUACCGGGCAGUCAACAGAGGUCAAACCUGUACAGAAUGGGAGUCAAGUCUUUAUAAAGGAACUUCGAAGUCGAACUUUCCCAAGUGCUGAAGAUGUGGUAGUCAAAGUGACCGGAAGCCAGCUAACAACAGAGUACUUGGAAGAAAAUGGAUUCACAGAACCUAUCCUGGUUCCGAAGAAGGAUGGCUUGGGCUUAGCGGUACCCGCACCUACAUUCUACGUCAGCGACGUAGAAAACUACGUCGGACCAGAAAGAAGUGUUGAUGUCACUGAUGUCACCAAACAGAAAGACUGUAAGAUGAAGCUGAAGGAGUUUGUUGAUUACUACUACAGUACCAACAGGAAAAGAGUUCUCAAUGUAACUAACUUGGAAUUUUCAGAUACAAGAAUGUCCAGUUUUGUAGAACCACCAGACAUUGUUAAAAAGCUGUCUUGGGUGGAGAAUUAUUGGCCCGAUGAUGCUCUGCUGGGAAAACCAAAAGUGACCAAGUACUGCCUGAUAUGCGUGAAGGACAGCUACACAGAUUUUCACAUAGACUCUGGAGGGGCAUCGGCUUGGUACCACGUGCUGAAAGGAGAAAAGAUAUUUUAUCUCAUCAAACCGGCCUCUGCAAACAUUUCCCUGUAUGAACGCUGGCAGUCAGCAGCAAAUCACAGUGAGAUGUUUUUUGCAGACCAAGUGGAUAAAUGUUAUAAAUGCACAGUUAAGCAAGGGCAAACGCUCUUUAUCCCAUCAGGUUGGAUUUAUGCAACUCUCACACCUGUAGACUGCCUAGCAUUUGCGGGACAUUUUCUACAUAGCCUAAGUGUUGAAAUGCAGAUGAGAGCAUACGAAGUGGAAAGGCGGUUGAAAAUUGUCAGCCUAACCCAGUUUCCAAACUUUGAAACGGCAUGUUGGUAUAUGGGAAAGCAUCUGCUGGAGACAUUCAAAGGUUUGCACAAAGCUGGGCAGCAGCCUCCUUCUCAUUUAGUCCAAGGGGCAAAAAUUCUUAAUGGUGCUUUCAGGUCGUGGACUAAAAAACAGGCUCUAGCCGACCAUGAAGAUGAACUUCCGGAACAUUUUAAACCAGCACAACUUAUCAAGGAUCUUGCCAAAGAAAUAAGAUUAAGUGAGAAUGCUUUCAAAGUCAACAAAACAGAAGUGAGUGCCAAUGUGAAAGUAGAAGAAAUCUGUCCUGUGGAGAAGCAGGAAGUGCCGUCGCCUGUACCAGUGACUCCCCCUCCGCCACCCGUAGAAAAAGUUCCGAAAAAAAAGACUCCAAAAGCUGUGAAAACCCCCAAGCCCCCUAAACCGCCCAAGCCCCCCAAACCUCCCAAACCGCCCAAAACUCCAAAAGUCAAGGGAGAAGGGAAGAAGAAAGGAAAGAAGGUAAAGGAAAGCCCGCCACCCGCCAUUCCAAAUCUGGACCUGCUGGAGGCGCAUACGAAAGAGGCUUUGACAAAAAUUGAAACGCCAAAGAAGGGGAAGGCUGCAAAGAAUGUUUUAAGUGUUCCCAAUAAGGAAGUUGUUAAUAAGCAAAAUGAGGUGGAGAAAUUUGAAAUUCGAGAGCACAAUAAGAGCAAAACGGAAGCCAAAUGGAAAUACAAGAACAGUAAACCAGAUUCAUUAUUAAAAAUGGAAGAGGAACACAAAUUGGAAAAGACACCUUUAUCAGGAAAUAAGGACAAUAAAUUUACAUUUUCUUUCUCUAACAAGAAACUGCUUGGUUCCAAGGGAGUCAAAACCCAGUUGAAUCCUGGUGUGUUUGGGUCGCUGCAAAAUUUUAAAGAAGAUAAAACAAAACCUGUGCGAGAUGAAUAUGAGUAUGUAUCAGAUGAUGGCGAACUGAAAAUUGAUGAAUUUCCAAUUAGAAGAAAGAAAAACACUACGAAGAGAGAUUUACCUUUUUUAUCAGAUAAAAAAGAAACGCUACAACACACACCAGUUAAGAAGCCAAAGGUGGAAUCAGGAUUGUAUAAGACUGAUGAGUCAUCAGAUGAAGAUUCGCUUCACAUUGACACAGAGGCAAAGCCAGGCCGCAACUCCAAAGUGAAGAAAGAGAGUGGAAGUUCGGCAGGAAUUCUAGAUCUUUUGCAGGCAAGCAAGGAAGUUGGGGGUUUAGAGUAUAACACCAACAGUCAGCCACCUGCAUCUCCCAGCACACAGGAAGCAAUCCAAGGAAUGUUAUCAAUGGCAAAUCUCCAGUCUUCUGACUCCUGCCUGCAGACUUCAUGGAGUACCAACCAAGCUAAAAAUAACUCUAUCUCAGCCCAAAACUCAAAAAAACCCGGGAGCAGUAACAACAAAAAUGCAGGCAAGCACUUACUGAAGAAGAGCACAAAAAACAGCAUUGACAUUGAAGACUACGACGACCAGGACCACUUAGAUGCCUGUUUUAAAGAUUCUGAUUAUGUUUACCCAUCUUUGGAAUCCGAUGAAGAUAAUCCAGUAUUCAAAUCACGAUCAAAGAAAAGAAAAAGUUCUGAUGAUGCCCCCUACAGCCCGACAGCAAGAGUUGGUCCCUCAGUACCCCGACAAGACAGACCUGUUCGAGAGGGUACAAGAGUUGCCUCCAUUGAAACUGGACUGGCGGCAGCAGCGGCCAAAUUAUCCCAGCAGGAGGAACAAAAAGGCAAGAAGAAGAAGAAUACCAAAAAGAAGUUGUCCCCCAACAACACAAAUAAACUCUCUCAGGAAAGCAGCUCUCCUGAACCCAAAUUGGAGUCCCAUGCCAGCAGCCUAGCAGAUCAUGAAUACACUGCUGGAGCAAGCACGUUUGGGGUCGCCCAAGUAAACAGAGGCUCUCAACCUAUGGCACCUGGAGUUUUCCUCACCCAGAGGAGACCCUCAUCAUCAUCACAGAAUAAUGGAGCUGCCAAAGGAAAACGUACAAAAAAGGGCAUGGCUACUGCAAAACAGAGGCUUGGGAAGAUUUUGAAAAUCCAUCGGAAUGGGAAACUUCUCCUUUAA